UUCCUGGUUACGGGCCGCAGCCGGGGGCCGCGUCCAGCUUUUGCAAUGUUACCCUAUACGGUGAAUUUCAAGGUGUCAGCCCGCACCCUCACUGGGGCGCUCAACGCCCACAACAAGACGGCGGUGGACUGGGGCUGGCAAGGUUUAAUUGCUUACGGAUGCCAUUCGCUUGUGGUAGUGAUCGAUUCCAAUACUGCUCAGACUCUUCAAGUUUUAGAAAAGCACAAAGCUGACGUUGUCAAGGUGAAAUGGGCCAGGGAAAAUUACCACCAUCACCUCGGCUCACCCUAUUCCUUGCGCCUAGCUUCCGCCGAUGCCAACGGGAAGAUCAUCGUUUGGGAUGUGGCGGCUGGAGUAGCUCAGUGUGAGAUCCAAGAGCAUGCCAAACCUAUCCAGGACGUGCAGUGGCUGUGGAAUCAGGAUGCUUCCCGGGAUCUACUGCUUGCCAUCCACCCUCCAAAUUACAUCGUGCUCUGGAAUGCAGACACUGGUACCAAGCUUUGGAAAAAGAGCUACGCAGAUAACAUUCUUUCUUUCUCUUUUGACCCUUUUGAUCCCUCGCACUUAACACUGCUCACCAGUGAGGGUAUUAUAUUCAUCUCUGACUUCUCUCCAUCCAAGCCUCCCUCUGGCCCUGGGAAAAAAGUGUACAUCUCCAGCCCCCACUCCAGCCCGGCUCAUAACAAGCCGGCUGCCACCACAGGUGCCAAGAAGGCAUUGAAUAAAGUGAAAAUUUUAAUCACUCAAGAGAAGCCUAGCGCUGAGUUCGUAACUCUCAACGAUUGUCUUCAGCUGGCUUAUUUGCCUUCCAAGAGGAAUCACAUGCUGCUACUCUACCCACGUGAGAUCUUGAUCCUGGACCUGGAGGUGAACCAGACAGUGGGUGUGAUCGCCAUUGAGCGGACAGGAAUUCCGUUUCUGCAGGUAAUACCCUGCUUUCAGCGUGAUGGUUUAUUUUGUCUACAUGAAAAUGGUUGUAUCACCUUACGUGUUCGAAGAUCUUAUAAUAGUGUUUUCAGCACUUCAAAUGAGGAGCCAGACCUGGAUCCUGUUCAGGAGCUGACCUAUGACCUCCGCAGCCAGUGUGAUGCAAUCCGGGUGACAAAAACCGUCCGUCCCUUCAGUAUGGUGUGCUGUCCCGUCAACGAGAACGCGGCUGCUCUCAUCGUGAGUGACGGAAGGGUCACGAUCUGGGAGCUGAAGUCGGUGGUCUGUAAUCGCAGUUCCCGGGGCAGCGGCUCUGGGGUGUCACCUUUGUAUUCACCAGUGUCUUUCUGUGGGGUCCCAGUGGGGGUGCUGCAGAACAGGCUCCCAGACCUUUCCUUGGAUCACAUGAUCGGGCAAAGUGCAAUUGCUGGAGAGGAGCCUCCCGAGGGCUCCCCCCUGCAGGAAGUGCACCUCAGGUUCCUGCUGACCGGGCUACUGUCAGGACUGCCCUUGCCUCACUUUGCGAUCCGUAUGUGCCCACCUCUGACCACCAAAAACAUCCAGACGUACCAGCCCCUGCUUGCUGUUGGUACAGGUAACGGUUCAGUGCUGGUGUACCAUCUCAUCAGCGGAUUACUGCACAAAGAGCUGAGCAUGCACUCCUGCGAAGUCAAGGGUAUCGAAUGGACGAGUUUGACUGGCUUUCUUUCUUUCGCUACCUCAGCACCCAACAACAUGGGCUUAGUGAGAAAUGAACUUCAGCUGGUGGAUCUUCCAACAGGCAGGAGCAUUGCUUUUCGUGGUGAACGAAGUAAUGAUGAGCCGCCCAUCGAAAUGAUCAAAGUGUCUCAUUUAAAACAGUAUCUGGCAAUUGUCUUCAAAGAUAAACCUCUGGAGUUAUGGGAUAUUAGGACUUGUACCCUCCUUAGAGAAAUGUCCAGAAACUUCCCUGCAAUAACGGCAUUGGAGUGGUCUCCGUCUCACAACCUGAAGAGCCUGAGAAAGAAGCAGCUUGCUACCCGGGAGGCCAUGGCCCGCCAGACGGUGGUCUCAGACCCAGAGCUGAGCAUCGCGGAGUCAUCUGUGAUCAGUUUGCUGCAGGAAGCAGAAAGUAAAUCUGAGCUCAGUCAGAACAUCUCGGCCCGGGAGCAUUUUGUGUUUACGGAUAACAAUGGCCAAGUUUACCACCUGACUGUGGAAGGCAGCUCGGUGAAGGACAGCGCACGGAUUCCACCAGACGGAAGUAUGGGCAGUAUUACCUGCAUUGCUUGGAAAGGUGACACAUUAGUUCUUGGAGAUGUGGAUGGAAAUUUAAAUUUUUGGGAUUUGAAAGGCCGAGUAUCCAGAGGGAUUCCUACACACCGGAGCUGGGUCAGGAAGAUACGCUUUGCCCCUGGAAAAGGAAACCAAAAACUAAUAGCAAUGUACAAUGACGGGGCCGAAGUGUGGGACAGCAAAGAGGUUCAGAUGGUGAGCAGUUUGAGAACUGGACGAAAUGUGAGCUUUCGGAUCUUGGAUGUGGACUGGUGCACGUCGGAUAAAGUGGUCCUGGCGUCGGAUGAUGGCUGCAUCCGGAUCCUGGAGAUGUCCAUGAAGGCCCCAUGUUUGCGGAUGGAUGAACAAGAGCUCCUCGAGCCUGUGUGGUGCCCGUACCUCCUGGUCCCCAGGGCCGCCCUGGCCCUGAAAGCCUUCCUGCUGCACCAGCCGUGGGAUGGACAGUGCUUGUUGGACAUUUCUCAAGUCGAUUAUCCAGAGAAUGAAGAAAUAAAGGACCUCCUUCAGGAACAGCUGAAUUCACUGUCAAACGACCUGAAGAACAUUUUGCUGGAUCCAGGAUUCACUCUCUUGCAGAGGUGUCUGCUUGUUUCAAGGCUUUACGGUGACGAGUCGGAGCUACACUUCUGGACGGUGGCUGCCCACUACCUGCACAGCUUCUCCCAGGACAAGUCAGCUGUGCGGGAAACUGCUUCCUGGGAAAAAGCCAACACCCCCCUGGAUAUUUGUUACGAUAUUCUUUGUGAGAAUGCCUAUUUCCAGAAAUUUCAGCUGGAAAGGGUGAAUCUACAGGAAGUAAAGCGGUCCACCUACGAUCACACAAGGAAAUGUACAGACCAGCUUCUUCUCUUGGGACAAACAGACCGAGCUGUGCAGCUGCUGCUGGAGACCAGUGCAGACAACCAGCAUUACUACUGCGACUCCCUGAAAGCCUGUCUGGUCACCACCGUCACCUCGUCGGGCCCCUCCCAGAGCACCAUCAAGCUGGUGGCGACAAACAUGAUUGCCAAUGGCAAGCUGGCAGAGGGUGUCCAGCUGCUCUGCCUGAUUGACAAGGCAGCAGACGCCUGCCGCUACCUACAGACCUAUGGCGAGUGGAACCGGGCCGCCUGGCUCGCAAAGGUCCGUCUAAACGCUGAAGAGUGCGCGGAUGUCCUGAAGCGGUGGGUUGACCAUCUUUGCUCUCCGCAAGUCAACCAGAAGUCCAAGGCCCUCCUGGUCCUCCUCUCCCUGGGCUGCUUUUCCAGCGUGGCCGAGACGCUGCACAGCAUGAGGUACUUUGACCGAGCUGCCUUGUUCGUGGAAGCCUGUCUGCAGUAUGGUGUCAUGGAAGUCAACGAAGAGACAGAGAAACUCAUCUCUGCUGUGUAUGUGGAUUAUGCGCGGAGUCUGAAGCACCUGAGCUUUAAACAGGGAGCUGUGCUCUUCGCUUCUAAAGCCGGAGCAGCUGGCAGAGAUUUACUGGACGAGCUGGACUGCCCCCAGGAAGACCUGACCGAGGAAGAGUGA